AUGGUACUUUUUUUACGUGGACUCACUCUUAUUCAUCGAUACAUUCAUAUUUUUGUGUUAUUCAUUUUCUUUCUAAUAUUUCUUUUAUGGACGCGAAAAGGGUCACAAGUAACAGAGAUUAAAUUAGCAGUAUUGACAAUAUUAAAAGAUUUUACUAAUAUUAACGAUUAUCAAUUAGCAAUGGAAACAUUCGAAUGUUAUUGCAUUUAUCAGCGAUAUGAAUGGGUGAUAAUCGAUGUAUCACAAAAUGAUACAUUAAAAUUACUUUGUCCACAUAAUGAGUUUUUCUUUCAAAGACAUUGUGUAACAGCGCAAUUUUUACAAGAAAAUGAUAAUUUUGAUUAUGUAUUGUUUAUUGAUUCUGAUAUGGGUGUAAUCAAUCCAAAAAAACGCAUUGAGGAAUAUAUUACGGAUGAUAAAGACAUUAUUUUUUAUAAUCGUAUUUGGAAUUUUGAAGUGAUGGCUGGAAGUUAUUUAGCUAAGAAUACUAAAUUUGUUAUCAAUUUUCUACGAAUGUGGGCAAAUUAUAAUUAUCGUUUACCGCAUUCAUUUCAUGGAUCUGAUAAUGCUGCUAUUCAUACAGUUUUAUUACACAUUGCAUCAAUAAGUGUGAAACAUUGUGAACCAUUAUGGAAUAUAUCAAAAAAUUACAAUGAUUUAUUUAUAUACGAAGCUUGUGUACGAGCUCAACUUGAAACAAACGAGAAAUGGAAAAGAAAAAUAAGUGUUCUACCCAAGGGUAAAUCAUGGGCACGUGAUGGUUGGCUUACCAAUUCCAAAUGGUCUGAAGAAGAUUUCAUUUUUCAUGGAUGGCAAAAACGGCGUUUAAAUAAACAUAUAUUUGCAUCAUGGAAAUUGCCAUUUUUAUCAACAAAAUUUAAUAUGUCAAUAUGUGGCACUCAUAAUUACAUUGAAAAUUGGAAAUACAAUAAAAGUUUUGUAAGUGAAUCAAAUGAAAUUCGUACUCAAUUAAAUAGAAUAAUAACUUUAAAAGAUAAUGAAUAUUAUAGGAAGAAAAAAAAAGCAGAAAAUUUAUUAAAUAAUUUGAUGAAAAAUGACCUAACAUGGCAUUAUAAUUCAUCAAUUAAUUCAUCAUUAUUAGAAAUACCAUUAAAUAUGCAAAAACAAAAUUUAAACUCUCAAAUUUUAGUAUAA